AUGGUCGAGGCGGACCGCCCCGGCAAGCUCUUCAUCGGUGGCCUGAACCUCGAAACGGACGAGAAGGUCCUCGAGGCCGAGUUCGGCAAGUAUGGCCGCAUCAUCGAGGUGCUCCUGAUGAAGGACCGCGAAACCAGCAAGUCCCGGGGCUUCGCCUUCAUCACCUUCGAGAGCCCCUCGGACGCCAAGGCGGCCGCCAGAGACAUGAACGGCAAGUCCCUGGAUGGUAAGGCCAUCAAGGUGGCCCAGGCCACCAAGCCGGUGUUCGAGAGCGGCCGGCGCGGCCCGCCGCCGCCCCGCAGUCGAGGGCGCCCGAGGGGCCUGCGCGGCACCCGCGGAGGCGGCGACCCGCGGCGCCCCCCGUCCCGGGGCGGCCCCGGCGACGACGGCGGUUACGGGGGCGACUUCGACCCGCGGCCGUCCCGGGCCCCGCUGCCCGUGAAGCGCGGGCCGCCGCCGCGCAGGCCCGGGCCGCCGCCCAAGAGGGCCGCGCCGUCGGGCCCCGGUCGCAGCAACGGCGGCGGCGGCGGGGGGAUGCGCGGCCGGGCCCCGACGGUGCGCGGGCGGGACGGCGGCUACGGGCCUCCGCGCAGAGACCCGCCGCCGCGCCGCGACCCCUACCUGGGGCCCCGGGAGGAGGGCUACUCGCCCCGCGACGGCUACUCGGGCCGAGACUACCCGAGCGCCCGCGACUUGGCGCCCUCGCCGCGGGACUACGCCUACCGCGACUACGGCCACUCGAACGCGCGCGACGACUGUCCCUCCAGAGGCUACGGCGACCGCGACGGCUACGGCAGCCGCGACCGCGACUACGGGGACCACCCGAGCGGAGGCUCCUACCGCGGCGACCCCUUCGAGAGCUACGGGGACCCGCGCAGCGGCCCCCCGGCCCGCGGGACGCCGCCAUCCUACGGCGGAGGCCGCUACGACGAGUACCGGGGCUGCUCGCCCGACGCCUACUAUGGCGGCCGCGACGGUUACGGCGGCGGCGGCCGCAGCGAGCGCUACUCCAGGGGCCGCGACCGCGUAGGCAGGGCCGAGCGGGGGCUGCCGCCGUCGGUGGAAAGGGGCUGCCCGCCUCCCCGCGACUCGUACAGCCGCUCGGGCCGGCGGGUGCCCCGGGGCGGAGGCCGCCUGGGGAGCCGCGCGGAGAGAGGGGGAGGCCGGAGCAGGUACUAAGGAGGAAGGGGCGUGGGCCCCCAGCGGCCGCUGUUGGUGGUGAUUGAUUGAUUUUGCCGUUUUUUGGUUUUCGUUUUUUUUUUUUUUUUUCUUUUUCGGUUUUGUUUUUCUUCAAAAAGACUCAACGUAACAGAAGAACCGUUGUCUGUCUGUCUGUCUCUCUCUGGUGACUCCUAUCUCCCAAGGACUUGCUUCAAGAAGAGACUGGUUGUUGACCUUUGCAGACUUUCCCGUUAGCUUCCUGAGUUCGGUGCUUUCGAGAAGAAAAAGUUGGAAAAAAAUAAUAAUAAUAACAAAAACCAAAAAAAAAAAAAAAAAACAAUCAAUUUCAAAUGUCGUUUGGGAAUUGUUAAACGUAUUCUUUCCACAAGUUGCUGUUAAAAAGUAUAAGCUUUGAACCUG